AUGCGUUGGCUAUCUGCUGCUGCACUGGGCUCCGUUGCCCUCGUCGGCUUUUCUGUCGCACAGGAGGAGCAGUCCACUUACUGCGACAGCCUGGGCCGAUGCUUUGCUUCUCACACCAAUGAAGGAGGCAUCACUUAUGGUUUCGCCAUCCCUGAAGGGGCUACAUCUGGCAGCUCCUACGAUGCCAUCGUCCAGAUCACCGCUCCCAUUUCAGUGGGUUGGGCCGGUCUGGCAUGGGGAGGUUCCAUGACCUACAACCCCCUCACGAUUGUAUGGGUGAACGGAGAGCAGGUGACGGUCUCUUCACGCAUAGCCUUCGGCUACUUCACCCCUCCGCCAUACGAUGGAGCAGAGUACACCGUCCUUCCAGGGACCGUUGUUAAUUCUACACACUUCGCCGUCACGGCUCUGUGCAAGGGUUGCACCUACUUCGCCCCCUUUGGAAACGACCCAACCGCUCUCAACCCUGACGGAGAGAACUAUCUAGCCUUUGCGUACUCGGGGGUUCCGGUCGACGAUCCUUCGUCCAAUGAAACGACCUUUGGCAUACACGAGCGCGUCGGACACUGGAACCACAACUUCGAGCCAGCCAAGGCCGCCGACUUUGAGGUCUGGGCCGCGGGUGACGGUGGUGGUAGCGAACCACCCUCAAGCACCACGACCCUCACGACUGUUUUGACCGCAACCUCGACCGCGACGGUCCGUAGCACCACCACCCUACAGACGACAGUCACCAGGACCGGAUUCCCAUCGAGCAGCGUGACUGCAACUGCCUCGGCCUCGCGUUCUACCUCAGCGUCGGUUUCCACGUCGGCCUCCGCAUCCAACAAUCCCGUACUCCCCUUGCCCAGCUCGUGUUCCGGUGUAAGCCCUUUCAGGUUUGGGUUCCAGACCGCCGCCGGGUGGAAAGCCGUGAAACUCGCGGGUUCUCUCUCUGCUCCCCGCGGCGUGGCAGUAGACUCGAAUGGAAACCUGCUCGUGGUGCAAUCAGGCAAGGGUGUCACCAUCCACACUUUUGGAAGCAACGGCUGCAUCUCUUCGUCCAAGAUGCUGAUUGACAACCCCACGCUCAACCACGGCAUCGGCUUCACGCCGGACGGGAAGACGCUGUACGUCAGUUCCAUGACCACGGCCUGGUCGUACGCGUACAAUGCCCAGACACAGUCCGUCAGCGGACAGACAGUCGUCGUGAGGAACAUGCAGCAAGGCGGCCAUCCGACGAGGGCGCUCGUCAUCCCGCCGGCCACGCCGCAUCUGCUCGUCAUUCAGCAGGGCUCGUACGACAACUUUGAUUACGAGUCGCUUAACAAGGCUGUUGGUCGUGCCGUGGUCAAGGUGUUUGAUAUGCGGAACGUGCCCUCUGGCGGUUGGGCGUACGCCUCCCAAGGAUGGUUCCUUGGUUGGGGCUUGCGUAACGAGGUUGCUCUCUCUGCGGACGGGAAUAACAUGAUUUGGGGCGUCGAGAAUAGCGGUGAUAAUUUCGCUCGGACGGUCAACGGCAGAAGUUACGACAUUCACAAUGACAACCCUGCAGAAGAACUGAACUUCCUGGGCGAUCCGUCUAAGCCAAACGAAGAUUGGUACGGCUACCCAACCUGCUACACUGUCUGGGAGCCCUCGGUCAUCACCGACAAGGCAUUCAGCGUCGGCGCCCAGUUCGUCGUGGCCCCCAACAACACUUUCAACGACGACACUUGCACCGAGCGCUCUAUCGCGCCUCGUCUGUCUUUCCAGGCACACAGCGCGCCCAUCGGGUCCAUCUUCGACAAGGACUUUACGAACCUGUACGUCACGCUCCACGGCUCAUGGAACAGGUCGCCAGCGACGGGCUUCAAGGUCUCCGUCGUGCCUUUCACGAAGCUUGCCAACGGCCAGUAUGACCCCGUCGCGCCGCCAGACUCCAAGACGGGCUACAGCGACAUCUUUUGGAGCACGAACGUGGCGUCGUGUACGGCUUCGACGUGCUUCAGGCCUUCUGGUAUCAUCUGGGACCGCUCCUUUUCGAGGUUGUUCGUUGCUAGCGACAACACUCAAGAGGGAGAAUUGUUUAUGCUCUACAAGUCAUAG